GACUGAGACGCUGUACGUGUCGUUGUAGUGUAGCCUACUUUAAUACUUCACGUAAGCUGCUGCUUUUUUGUGGCUUGGUUUUCUACGUUGGAUUCUCAGUAAUGCCUCCUAAAAAGCCAGCGGCAGACUCUGCCGAGCCUCCUGUACCGUCCUCCAGUGAUGUCCCGGUGGGAGAGAAAAAAUCAGAUGCUGCGGCGCUGCGCAAACUUGCAGCUCAUCCUUCCACAGCGAUUAUGGUGAAAGAAGCACUUAAAGAGUUGGACUCGCGCAAAGGGGUUUCAUCCCAAGCGAUACAGAACUAUAUUAAACAAAAAUACCCCUCGGUGGAUUUGUUGAGGUUAAAGCACUUGGUCCGCAGAGCCCUGAAAAAAGGAAUCGAGACUGGCACGUUGGUGCGGCCUGCAAACUCCAGUUUCACUACAGGCGCAAUGGGAAAAUUUAGGCUUGCACCAAAAGUCAAGGAGGCAAAGCCUAAGACUGAGAACACGGAUCCCAAUGUGCAAAAAGUGCCCAAAGCAGAAAAGGACGGAGGCAAGAAGCCCAAGAAAGCAGGUGCCACGAAAAAGGGAGACACUGCCAAUGAACCGGUCAAGUCACAGGAGGACUCCAAGCCUCCCAAAAAGUCAAAGAAAGACAAAGAGGCUGCUACUAAAACAAAGGUUGCCCCAGCAAAGAAGCCAAAAGCUAAAAAAACUGCAGAGAAAGGGGACGGCGAGGGAGCCUCUGAUUCAGCCAAAACUAAAGCAGCAAAGGCCACCAAGGAGGUAAAGGCAAAUCCUGAAAAGGCAAGCAUGGCUUCCCGGAGCAAAGCAGCUAAAGCAGGCAGCGAUGCCCCUGCUUCUAAAACAACUGGGAAACGAGGGAGGAAGGCUGCAGAGUAAAUUUUAAUUCACUGAUGUGUUGUACUGUUUUGUUUUGUAAUAAAUUCUUAGAUUUUAA